AUGUUCUUCUCGGAUGAGUACAAAGAUGGCGUUUUUUACGGUGACCAGAACUUCAGUAUACCAUAUCAUAUGAACUAUGGUGCUUUUGUUUUGGAGAAAUUUCUCAAAUAUAAGGACAAAGUUGCUUUGAUAAACGGAGACACAAAUGAGCAGAUCACAUUCGGGGAUCUGGCCCAGAAAAUAGUCAACACAACAACUUUCCUCACUCAGUUGGGUGUGCAGACCGAGGAUGUGGUAGCGGUAUGCAGUGAAAACAGAAUUGAAUUCCUAAUUGCUGCAUGUGCUGUAUUUUGCGUCGGUGCUACUGUAACAUUCUUAAACAUUUCGUAUGGUGAAAAUGAAAUGAACCACGCCGUGAACAUAUCGAAGCCAAAAUACAUUUUCCUCUCCGGCUCUGCGUCUGACAGUCACUAUGAAAAUUUAAAGAAGCAUAAUAUGAUAAGAAAAUAUAUAUUUUUCGACAAUCCACCGGCAAAGCAACAAAAUGUAAUAUCCUUUAGGGAUCUAGCGGACGAGAAUAUAGAUUUAAAAUCUUUUAAACCUGUUCAUUUUCAAGGACGAAUUAUGACGUGCAUGAUAUUAUACUCCUCUGGAACGACAGGACCCGCAAAGGGGGCGAAGCUUUCAAAUUUAAAUUAUAUCAUCGCGAGCCAACAACCGCAACCUACAGAACGCGAUCUGACAAUGCUUACAAUAGCUCCAUGGUGUAGCACUAUGGGAAUAGUGACGACGUUGCAAGGUUUGAUUUUCGGCAAAAAAAUCGUUUACCAAUCAAGGUUUAACGAGAGAGCCUAUUUGCGAGCUAUUGAGAAGUAUAAGGUAGGUUACGCGAUAGUGGCGCCACCUGUGCUAGUAAUACUGUGCAAGUCGAAAGUAGCUAAUGAAUAUGACUUGAGUUCACUAGAAGUAGUUACCAGCGGAGGAGCCACGACAAACAUAGAGGUCUUAAAUGAACUCAAAGCGAGGUAUCCAUCUAUAAAAUGUGUUAUACAAGGAUAUGGUAUGACCGAAGCGACAGGUGCUGUUACUAAUGACUUUGAGAAGAGCUUUAAGGAAGGAAGUGUGGGAAAGCCAGUACCAGGAAUUAUUGCAAAGAUAGUUGACCCGGAUUCUGGUAAGGUGUUGGGUUGUCGAGAACCGGGUGAAGUAUGCAUCAAAGGACCAGUUCUCUUCGAGGGAUAUAUAGGCAUGGAUUUAGAUAAGGACUUGUAUCCAGGCGGUUUUUAUAGAACGGGAGACAUAGGGUACUAUGAUGAGGACGGGUACUUCUACAUAGUUGACAGGAUCAAGGAGCUGAUUAAAUAUAAUGCAUGGCAGGUAUCACCAACGGAAAUAGAGGCAAUUCUACUUAAACACAAGGAUGUAAAGGACGCAGGAGUCACUGGCACACCAGACCAAUUAGCUGGAGAACUACCAACCGCUUUAAUCGUUCGGCAACAAAAUUCACAAAUUACAGAGAAGGACGUAAUAGAAUUCGUAGAUACAAAGGUAGCGCCAUGGAAGAAGCUCCGCGGAGGUGUUAUAUUUGUCGACGAAAUACCAAAGAACCCGAGUGGAAAAAUUCUGAGACGGAAACUCAAGGAAUUAAUAUCCGAAUCGAGGACAAGAAAAGUGACCAGCAAGUUAUAA